AUGGACUUUGAGAGCUACGUCGAAUGGCGCGAAGAUCUCGUAAGCGACCGAAGCACGAAAAUUGGGCGCACCCUCGCCCUCACCCUCAUCCAACAUCAGAUCCGCUCUCUCUCUAUCCGCCUUAUCAACGCCCGUCUCAAUACCGUCUACUUCCUCCAGCAGCAAAAUCACCUACACCUCGAAGACCCCUCGAGAUACGACCGAUUUUUACAGAAGCUUAGCAGGUUCAUACGGAGGAUGUUGAAGCUCAAUUCGGAGGUUGAGGAAAUGAUAGAGGAAGGUGUGGCAGAGACGAACGAGGAGGAGAAGGAGAGGCGGAUAAAGGAGAGGCAGAUAAAGGAGAGGAAACGGAGAGAGGAGAGGGAGCAGAUGGAGCAGAAAAAGGCAGAAUAUAAGAAGGAACUUGUGGCGAAGUUGGAGAAGAUGGAAAUGAGGUUGGCGGGAACAAGGGCAAAGUACAAGAGGAAACUUGAGAAGAAGUUGGAGAAGAUGGAAAUGAGGUUGGCGGGAACAAGGGCAAAGUACAAGAGGAAACUUGAGAAGAAGUUGGAAAAGAUGGAGAGGAGGUUGAAGAAGACAAAGAGAAGAGAGCUGGUUCAGAGGAUGAACGCGGCGAGGAUUGAGUAA